AUGUUAUUAUCUAAAUAUUUUUUACCUGUUUUGAAAGAAUUGCCCGCAGAAGCGCAAGUGAUUUCUCAUCGCUUAAUGUUAAGAAGUGGAAUGAUCAGACGACAAGCGUCUGGCAUUUAUAGUUGGUUACCUUUGGGUUUACAGGUCUUACAAAAUAUUAUCAAUAUUGUUAAUCACAAUAUGAAUAAGGUAGGUAGUCUUGAGAUAUUAAUGCCCUGCAUUCAGCCAGCUUCCUUGUGGAUAGCAUCAGGCAGAUUUGAAAAUUAUGGGAAGGAAAUGUUAAAAUUUCAGGACCGACAUGAUAAUACCCUAUUAUUUGGGCCUACUAAUGAAGACAUGAUUACUGAGAUUUUUAAGAAUAAUAUUAAGUCUUACAAAGAUUUACCUAAAAAUCUAUACCAUAUUCAGUGGAAAUUUCGUGAUGAAAUUAGGCCAAGAUUUGGCGUGAUGCGCGCUAGAGAAUUUUUAAUGAAAGAUGCCUAUUCUUUUGAUAUAGAUCAAGCUAGUGCGGUGCAGCACUAUAAUAAUAUGUACCUUGCUUACCUACAAACUUUUCGUGAUAUAGGGCUUAAUGUUAUUCCAGUAUUAGCGGAUAAUGGGCCUAUAGGAGGUAACUUGAGUCAUGAGUUUCAUAUUCAAACAGAAAAUGGUGAGAGUACUAUUUUUUAUGAUAAAAAAUUCUUAAAUUUAAUUAAUUCUAAAAGUUUAGAUAUUGAAAAAAUACAGUCUUUAUAUGCAGUAGCAGAAGAAAAACACGAUCCAACUAAAUGCUCUUUAGCUCCCGAAGAGCUGGCUAGUAGUAAGAGCAUUGAAGUAGGGCAUAUUUUUUAUAUUGGCAGCAAAUAUUCAAAAGUAAUGAACGCAGUAGUAAAUGACAAGCAUGGUAAUUUGGUACCAAUAGAAAUGAGUUCUUACGGUAUUGGUAUUUCUAGGUUAGUAGCUGCUAUUAUUGAAGCUAGCCAUGACGAUAAGGGUAUCAUAAGGCCUAUAAAUAUUGCCCCUUUUUGUGUCUCAAUACUAAAUUUGAAUAUAUUGGAUAGUAAAUGUAAUGAAUUAUCACGAAACUUAUAUGCUCAGUUAAAAACCAAUAAUAUCACAGUAUUAUAUGAUGAUACUGAAGAGAGGGUGGGGAGUAAAUUUGCAACCCACGAUUUGAUAGGCUCCCCGUAUCAAGUAAUUAUCGGUCCUAAAGGCGCGAUAAAAAACAUCGUCGAGCUAAAGAACCGUAAAACUGGUAAUAUAGAAGAGUUGGACAUAGAGGUAGUGUGCGGUAAAAUUAUAAGUUGCCUUAAUUAA